AUGAUGCUUGAGAGUGCUGUUUCAGAGAAGGAGAGUCGCCUGUCCUCCUUCUUCCGCUGGACCAAGUCGUACGUGAAGCAUGUUGGCGCGGCGUACCUCGACUUCGCCGUCCCUGUGGCGCUCUUCUUCGUGUUCAACAUGGCAUUGGACGUGCAGGACACGGAACGUUUCGGCCUGGCGUGGAUGCACUACACGAGCAUUGACAACACGCAGGAGCGUGAAGAAAAGUUCCCUGCAUACGAGCCGAACAGCGCAGCGCAGCGCAAGCGCCUCGCGGCUGCCAGCACAACGGAAUACGUUGCCGCUGCGGCGUGA